AUGUUGUUCCGCAUCCACACACUCACCUUUGCUGUGGCCGCGGUGAUUUGCGCAUCCACCAUCAGCGCUCAGCCUGCCACUCCCCCAACUGCCGAUCAAGUCCGUGAACUCAUCACCAAGGCUGCGACCACCAAGAAGUGCGACGACUGUACUGCAGCGAUCAAAAUCUCCAGGGAAUACGCCCGGGCCAAUGCCACUGCAGCGGUUGAAUUAUCCAAGAAUAUCUGUCCCAGUAUCACCAAGUACCCUGUUGACGUUUGCAAUGGGUACAUUGACAUGCAAGUCCCUGUGAUGAUCAAGGCGACGCAGUCGGCGUACUUUAAGGAAGGUGACGAUAAGUUUAUCUGUCACUCGAUGUUUUCCAUGUGCCCCAGUCCUGCUGUCACCGCAAAUGCUCUCAGGUUCCCUCGGCGCAAGCCAAGAUUCCCCAUCAAGCCUGUCCAUAGUGGAAAACUGGUCAAUGUUGUCCAUCUUUCGGAUUGGCAUGUGGAUGAGUUGUACGAACCAGGGGUCGAAGCCGCAUGCGAUAAACCCAUCUGCUGCAGGACAUUCCCAACCACCAACACCACGGCCCCGCUCCGCCGCGCAGCCGCAACAUGGGGCGAUUACCGUUGUGACACCCCGAUCAAGCUGACUCAGGACCUCAUGAAGUUUAUUCGCAAGGAGAUCCCCAAUAUCGACUUUGCCAUCCUGACGGGCGAUAUCCCGCCUCAUGAUACUUGGCUGGAGACUAGGGAGACUGUUACGCCCAUCUUUGAGCAUUCUUAUGCGCUUAUUGAGAAGUUCUUGGGUAAGAACAUCAACCUCUACCCUACCAUUGGCAACCACGACGCCGGCCCUACCAACCUGUUCCCAACGGAGAGGUCAGGAGGAGACCUGCAAUGGGUCUACGACAGCCUGGCCAAGGACUGGUCCUCCUGGUUAUCCCCUCGCGAACUAGCCUCCGUCCGUCACAAUCACGGUGCCUACAGUACCUCCCCCCACCGCGGAUUCCGCCUCAUCUCGCUCAACACCAACUUUUGCUACAAGGACAACCUCUACCUUUACAGUGACCUCCGCGACGCCGAUCCCAACCACGAGAUCCAUUGGCUGAUCCGCGAACUCCAAUAUGCCGAGGAUCACAAGGAACGCGUCUGGGUCAUUGGACAUGUCGCUCCCUACCAGACCGACUGCUUGGAGAACUGGUCGGAUCUGUACCAUCAAGUCAUUCAGCGGUACUCGCCUCAUGUUGUUGCGGAACAGUUCUUUGGACAUUCGCAUACGGAUGAGUUUGUGAUCUAUUAUGGAGCUGAUGGGAACAAGACAGCAAAGAAUGCGAUUGGAACGGCUUGGACGGGACCUUCGGUUGCGCCGUUUACGAACAUUAACCCUGGUUUCAGGACCUACCAGGUCGAUACCGGGAGCUGGAAUGUCUUUGAGUCGGUGACUUAUAUCGCCGACUUGGACCAGGCCGCGAAAUGGGAUGCUGAAGGGACCACGCCUAACUGGCAUGUCGAGUACUCUGCGCGCAAGGCUUAUGGUGUGUCGGUUCCCAUCGCUGCCGAUAAGCCCUUGAGCGCGGCGUGGUGGCACAAUGUCACGGUUGCGUUUGAAGCGGACCCGGCCAAUAUGACAGGACCGUUCCAAGAUUUUUGGAAGCGUCGUGGAAAGAGUUCCAAGUUGAUCCCGACUUGUUUGGGCAACACGACUUGUCCAUCCGAGAUGAUUUGCACGCUCAGGUCGGCUCAGGGUGCAGAUGCGUGUAUUGUUCCCGGGAGCGGGUUCAGGAAGCGGGCUGAGGAUGAUGACGAGGGGGUGUGGGAAGGUGUGGAUGUUGGAAGUCGUCCAUGGUUCACCAAGAACUGUGGUCAGUUCAGACUUUAG